GCGGGUCGUGCGACGUUGCCCGACAGCAGCGCGGUCCGCCCCUCUCUCCGUCUCCCACCAUGUCUGCGGUUAAGCCCAACCAGGCCGACGGCCUCCGCCAAAGGAACGUCGCAACGAACGGCAACGGCAACGGAUGGACACCCACCGACGAGGGCAGGAAGACGGACCAGAUACUUGACAGCCACGUCGAGUAUGAGUUUGGCGGCCCAUGGGGUGUAGUCGCGAUCAUGACGGGCUUCCCCGCCCUCAUGUACUACCUCUGGGCUUGUCUCGUUUUCUACGACGGCCAGCUUGUACACCCUACAUCGAUGGACGACAUCCAGCCUUUCCUCUGGCGAAUCUGGGAGCAUAUCCGCGUUGACGCCAGUCCUAACGCUUACGCGUGGAAAGUCUACACCGGUCUCAUCGUCUACCAGCUGUUCCUUGCUUGGGUUGUCCCUGGUUACAUUCAAGAAGGCCUCCCCGUCCCGUCUCUGGGUUACAAGACGCUCGUGUACAAAUGCAACGCCUACGGCUCGAUUUACAUUACCAUGAUCACCGCGGCCGUCCUCCACACAACGGGCAUCUUCCGCAUGACGGAAAUCAUUGACAACUUCGGGCAUCUUAUGACAGUCGCUAUGAUCUACGGCUUUGGUGUCUCCUUUGGCAUGUACUUCCUCACCGUUGCCACUGGUAACCAGAUUCGCAUGUCCGGAAACCUCAUCUACGACGUCUUUAUGGGGGCGUGUCUCAACCCUCGCAUUGGUCCUGUCGACCUCAAGAUGUGGCUCGAAGUCCGCAUCCCCUGGGUCAUUGUCUUCUUCAUGUCCGUCUCCGGGGCAUGCAAGCAGUACGAGCAGUACGGCUACGUCACCCCUAACAUGUCAUUCAUGUGUCUUGCGACAUGGCUUUACCUCAAUGCUUGCGGCAAGGGUGAAGAACUCAUUCCGCAAACGUGGGACAUGUUCCACGAGAAGUGGGGCUUCUUAGUUAUCUUCUGGAACUUCGCCGGCGUUCCCUUCUCGUACAUCUACUCGGUUGUCUAUAUGGCCAGCCAUGACCCUUCGAAGUACCGCUUCUCUACGCUCGGUUACGCUGCCCUCUAUACCACGCUUCUUACGGCGUAUUACAUAUGGGACACUGCGAUGUCCCAGAAGAGUCGCUUCAAGUUGCAGACUCAAGGCAUCACGUCGUACCGCAGGACUUUCCCUCAGCUUCCUUGGGGUACCAUCGAAAAUCCUAGCUACGUUCAGACAGCACAUGGCAACCGCCUUCUCACCGAUGGAUGGUGGAGGUACUCUCGCAAGCCCAACUACGUUGCUGACUGGCACAUGAGCCUGACCUGGGGUCUCGUCAUUGGCACGGCGUCGCCCAUCCCAUACUUCUACUCCGUCUUCUUCAUCGUUGUCCUGAUUCACCGUUGCGGACGUGAUUUCGAGAGGUGCGCGAUGAAGUACGGAAAAGACUGGGAGCGCUACUGCUCCAUCGUCAAGUACAAGUUUAUACCUGGUGUCUAUUGAGCUGUCGAAGCUGAAGAGAGGCUAAUGUCGCGCGAUGCGAUGCCCUUCACAAAGUAUCUACUGUAUCCAAUGUAAUGGUUGCUGUGUGUUGUGUUGGAGCCCGAGCAAGGGUAGACACAGCAAACCGAGAUUCCACCGCCAUGCUGCUUGCCUAUUCAGUUUCAUGCACAGGUGCUGCGUGUCUUACCUGACGCCGGCGUACAUCCAGCG